UCGCAGCUGGAACUACUGUGGAAAAUUAAUCAACACCUUCUGACCAAAUACAAUAAUGACUCUAUUUUGAAAGAAAACAUACAGAGGUGCGCGCGCGCACACACACACACACACGCACACACAAACACCUUUAUUUUGAAGUCAGUACAUGCUCGAGUUCCUGAAGUUGCUGGUUUGUUUCCAAAUACGUCACGACUCCGUAUGUAAGUGCACUACACAGGCUCAUGAAAUAAUAGCUUUUCGGGCUUUUCGAAGUGCACUAGAUGUUCACUAUAGGGUUGUUUGGGAUACGGCCCAGUAUUGUUUCCUCCUUCACUGCGUGGUGUUGAAGAGGUUUCAGAAAAAAGGGGAAAGAGGUGUCGGUGGAUGUGAUGGCUCUGAAAAGGAUUCAGAAGGAAUUACAGGACUUGCAGCGAGACCCUCCUUCACAAUGCUCUGCAGGACCGAUGGGAGAGGACUUGUUUCACUGGCAGGCUACGAUAAUGGGACCAGGUGACAGUCCGUAUCAGGGCGGGGUUUUCUUCCUGACUAUUCACUUCCCAACAGACUACCCCUUUAAACCACCGAAGGUUGCCUUCACAACAAAAAUUUACCAUCCAAACAUCAACAGUAACGGCAGCAUCUGUCUGGACAUCCUGCGCUCUCAGUGGAGUCCUGCGCUCACAGUGUCUAAAGUGUUGUUAUCCAUAUGCUCACUACUGUGUGACCCGAACCCAGACGACCCUUUAGUUCCGGACAUCGCACACAUCUACAAAUCAGAUAAAGACAAAUAUAACAGAAUGGCCCGAGAGUGGACUCAGAAAUACGCCAUGUAACUCGCUCCGGUUCCACCAGCAGGACUCAGCAGGACGGUUGCACGUGGACGGUUAAUGAGGACGUACUGUACCACCUUUUAUCCAAAACCGGUGGACUGUUUUUGGUUCCCCCCUCACCCCGCCCCCCCUUUUUUUUUUCUUUCCCUUUACAGAGGAAAACCCGUAGCUGAAACUGAAUCGCUGAAACGUUACGCUUCCGUUUACAGAAACCCGAUGGAACAAGUAAAGGUCAUCAGGCUACUGCUGAUGAGAGGCUCAGAGUAGCCACAACAAAUAAUGAUGAUAAAUAUUAGCAUUUGUUACCGGUACACGUUGUUUUUCUCUUUUAGAUAUUUUAUUGUAUCAUAUUAAAACAUGUUCUGGAGCUAUUUUUAUUUUUGAAUUAAAGACAUCAUUGGAAAGUU